UUGCGGAAGGUUCUCGUCUCGGUCGGCGAAACGUCUCAGGUUGUCUCUUGAGGGCAUCACCUUGACUGCCCUCAAGUUCAGAACCACGCUGACACUUGAGUCCAUCCACUGGCGAUGCCAUGGGGACCGGCCAGUCUGUGAGCUUUCCACCCAUCUCCGGCCCCUACCAUGUAGGCUGCGGGGAUGUGAUGGAAGGUCAUAGUCUCCAGGGGAGCUUCUUUCGACUCUUCUACCCUUGCCAAGAGGUGGAAGAGACCCCAGAGCAGCCUCUCUGGAUUCCUCGAUACGAGUACUGCACUGGCCUGGCCGAUUACCUGCAGUUUAACAAGCGCUGGGUGGGGUUGCUGCUCAACCUGGUUGUGGGAUCUUGUCGCCUGCCUGUUAGCUGGAAUGGCUCCUUUAAGACAAAAGACUCUGGAUACCCUUUGAUCAUCUUCUCCCAUGGUUUGGGAGCCUUCAGGACAGUGUAUUCAGCCUUCUGUAUGGAGCUGGCCUCCCGUGGCUUUGUGGUUGCAGUGCCAGAACACAGGGACCAGUCAGCUUCAACCACCUAUUUCUAUAAGCAGCCCCUAGAGGAGAACCAGCCCACCGGUGAGUCACUGGAGGAGGAAUGGAUCCCCUACCGCCGAAUCGAGGAAGGGGAGAAGGAAUUCCAUAUCCGGAAUCCUCAGGUGCACCAGCGGGUGAGAGAGUGCAUGCAGGUGCUGAGGAUCCUGCAGGAAGUCACUGCUGGGAGGACUGUCCCCAAUGUCUUGCCUGGUGGAUUGGAUCUGAUGACCUUCAAGGGCGGCAUUGACAUGAGCCGUGUGGCUGUGAUGGGACAUUCAUUUGGAGGGGCCACAGCUAUUCUGGCCUUAGCCAAGGAGGCCCAGUUCCGGUGUGCUGUGGCCUUGGAUGCUUGGAUGUUUCCUCUGGAACACGACUUUUACCCAAAGGCCCGGGGCCCUGUGUUCUUCAUCAAUGCUGAGAAAUUCCAGACUGUGGAGAGUGUCAACUUGAUGAAGAAGAUAUGCACUCAGCACGAACAGUCGAGGAUCAUAACUGUCCUUGGUUCCAUUCAUCGGAGUCAGACUGACUUUGUUUUUGUGACUGGAAAGUUGUUUGGUAAAUUCUUCUCCUCUCACACCCGUGGGAGCUUGGACCCCUAUGAAGGUCAGGAGGUUAUGGUGCGGGCCAUGCUGGCCUUCCUGCAGAAGCACCUUGAUCUGAAAGAGGACUAUGAUCAAUGGAACAACCUCAUUGAAGGCAUUGGACCAUCGCUCACUCCAGGGGCCCCACACUACCUUUCUAAUCUAUAGGCACAAUUGGCCUUUUCUCGAGCUGAGUUUUCCAUUUAGGGGCUGCCAAGGGGCACCCCAUAACCUAUCAGAAAGUGGUCAACCUGAUUGAGAGAAUGUAUCACACUGCUGAUUGGAUAACUAGAUACUUUGAUUUGGGGUUUGUUGAUCUUAAAAUCACAUUGGGACAUAGAUCACUGACUGAUUGACAAACUGACUCUCUGGGGCCUGCGCCCCAAUGGUGUGGGAACUAAGCAGGGGAUGGGGCUGGGGGCGGCCCAGGCCACAAGCUGAACCCUGUGAAGCCAGGAUAUAAAGACAGACCAGAAAGCCUGCUGUCUCACUUGGACCAAUGUUGCCUCUGGGGUACAAGUAGAGGGGUCUUCAGCCCUGCCUGGCACUCUCUCCCUGCUCCUCAACCUUGCCCUUCCCAGGGGGCACUGGUGCUUAAUUAGCACUUUAAGUAACUUUCUACACUAGGGACUAUCAUCCAUUGCCUGAAACACAGAAUUGGUACUCAAAUCAGUGCUGUCGGAGGACAGAAAGUAUUAUUCCCAUAACCCAGAGAGAUAUGCUAAAGUACACAACAGUUCUUCAGAAGCUCUAGGUGUCUUUGGGGUUUGCCAGAAAUUAAUCUUGUGAGGAAAAAAAAAAAAUGAGUAGGUUAAGAUGGGAGGUAGCGAAACUACCAAGUAACCAUUAGCACAACCAGCCCUUGCCACCAGAGGGCGCUAUGCUGGUCGUCUCAAAUUCAGAAGACUACCAGACCACACCUAGGGAGGGCUGGGAUCAGCUUGGUCUUGCCUCUUACCUCAAAUGUGGUGAACUAACAACGUGCUCAGAAUCAAGGUGCUUUAGUCGGCUGUUUUUUUGUUUUUGUGUUUUGCUCUGAGACACCUCAAAUUUUAAGUCCACAUACAGAUCCAAUUUUUAUUCUGUUCCAUUUAUAAUUUGAAAACUAUUGAUACUCAUCUUUGCCUGAUGGCAUGUUGAAAGAAUCUAUUUAAUCUGCAUUGCAGCAAGACAGGGGACCAUCUGGAAGUGUUGUUUUUUUCCCUUCUGCAUUUCUUUGUUCACUAACCACGUGGGCCUUUGUGGAAAAACCUUUAUAAGGAAAGGAAGUCUUAGAAAUCUAGUUCCAAGCCAUAUAGGAAAGCCAGCCUGAAAAGCUCCAUCUCCUUUACUCAGCUUCUUGACUAUCAUCUCAGAACCCAGGAGGCUGAGGCACAAGUUCAAGGUCAUUCUGGUUUACAUAGCAAGACCAUGACAAAAAAAAAAAAAAAAAAGAUUUCUCAUCUCAGUCUAACGAGAGGAGCCCAGAGGAGACAAAUGCUAGAGGGAAUACAUCUACAAUCUACCCAGUAGUACAAGGUCAGGGCUGCUAAAGGGCCUGUAAAUCUCUGUGUGACGUAGGAUCUAAAGGAUUUCCUUGAUGCCCUGGGCUCUGGAAUUAGACACCUUAGUUUGACUGCUAACUAGGUAAAUCUGAGCAAAUUAUGUUCUCUUUCCAAUCUCAGUUCCUGUAUUUCUAAAAAUAUGAAUUGUUAUGAGGAUUGUGAGAAGAUUUGUAACCCAUGAGUUAUUAAAAUGUGUUUCCUGCUUUGCAGAAAUAUGAA